AUGCGAACUACAGGGGCUGUGCUCCAUAGGGUGACAUCAACACUUCUGAAAGCACGUCGAAUAAUCACAAAGGGUAGCCAACCAAUCCUUCCACCCCUACAGCUGUAUAGAAGAAUUCUUAGGGAACACAAAAAUUUGCCGCAGCUACAGAGAGAACUGGGAGAUCAAUACCUAAAGAGCGAAUUUCGGUUGCACAAGAACACAGACAAUCCGCUGCACAUAGUGGGUUUCUUGACUAGCUGGCAAGAUUACCUUGGAUUAAUUUCCAAGGGGGAUUGGAGUGAAGCGACCUUGACCUCCGAUGUUCUAGAGAAGCUUUCUCCGGACCAGGUUGUGCAACUUUAUGAAUUGAUGAAGGAAACAGAGCAAAUUCGUACGGGUGAGAUCAACGAGGCAGCCUCAAAGUCAAUGGAAUGA